AUGCUGGGAUGGGUAAAAGACUGGACAUCCUGGAUAACGCCUUGCGUGCGCACGAAGCCGAUGACAAAGCUGACUCCCGAGAUGGCAGCAGACUUUCUGGGCUGUGACCCCGAGGGCGUUGCCAUCCGGAGCAUGGUUGUUGCUCACACGUCUCAGGUCCUCUAUGCUAUCUGCAGCGAGGCGAUCAAUGUCGUCCUGCCGCGGAUCAACUUCGAGCUGGGGGGCAAUCUGUCGGAGUUCGCACGCAUGCAGGAAGGCAUCAAUCUCCUGCAGGCCGGAGGCGGCGCCGCCUUCGGCGUUUUUGCGGAUCGCUAUGGCCCGAAAGCCGCUCUGCUGGCUGCACACAGCGCCGCAAUCUUCAGUAGCAGCAUCUUUGCGACUGCUCACUCGAAGCCUUUUCUGUAUGUGGGGUGUCUGCCCCUUGUGGCUAAGCAUGGCUAUCAGGCAGCGCAACAAGUUGCAACACUGCACUCAUCCAGAGACAGCCGCACCAAAGCCUUGGGCCGCAUAGGGACUGCCUACGGCCUGGGCUUCCUUGCAGGGUCUGUCUUGAUUACUCGACUGGCCGACGAUUUCAGCCCACGAGGCAUUGCCGCCUGUUCUGUGGCUUUGGACGUCUGCACGCUGCUCAUGGUCUGGGUUGUGUAUCCACAAGAGCAGAACCUGCCACAGCACGAGGUGGUGAAAAGGGGACUGGGCGACCUUUUGCGCCACCGGCAUGUGCCAACGUUGCUUUUCUUCAAGACGGUCACAACAGGCAGUGCAGGCAUGGUCCUGGGACUGUUACAGCAGUUUGCCUUGGACCCUUUCAAGAUGUCCCUAUCCUCAGCAGGGCUCAUGACUACGUACAUUGGCGUGGCCUACCUCUUGGCCCAGGCGGUCAUUGCCCCGGCCAUCGGAAGCCGAAGUCCUCGCACACUAGUCGCGGGAUCCUUUGUUGCAAUUGGUUGCAGUCUCGGCAGCCUGGCAGGCCUCACUGGCAGCAGUGGGGUGGUGUACGCAGCCCUGCUCGGGCCACUGGUGAUUUCAUCCCAUGCCUCUAAUGUGGCAAUGAACAGUGCCCUGACCCUUCUAGUUCCCAAAGAGGAGCAGGGGCAGGUGCUUGGAAUGAGCAUGGCCACCACCAGCAUCGGCUACUUGUGGGCGGUUUAUGAACACUUCGGCUUCCCUUCUGUGCCCCUCUCAGCUAUUGCCAUCCUAGGCUCUGCCACAGCCGCGUGCUUGCUGGCACUGGAAGUCUGGCCCGACACCAAGGAUGGGUGCGGUGAGUCCUAA